GGCCUAGACACGCUGUCGGGAUCAAAACAAGGCAGAAUCGGGCCCUUUCCAGGCCCAGCCAAAUUUUCGUUCACCUGGCUUCACCCACCCGCGUGCCCUCGCCGACAACUGAGCCACCGCCGCCGCCGCCCUACCCCCAGGUGCCCAGGUCGUUUCGGUCCCUUUGCCAGGUCUUCGCCGGCGACGAGCACCAGCCACCAGCCAGGGAAUAUAACUUUGACCUGUAAAAUGAGGCCAGUUUUUUGCGGGAACCUUGACUAUGAUGUUCGCAUCUCUGAGGUCGAGCGCCUUUUCGGGAAGUAUGGAAGGGUGGAACGAGUGGAUCUGAAGACAGAGAUUGUCGAUCUUCCUUCAGCCAUGCUUGGUGUUAGAAGCGACAAACAGACCAAGUUGUUCAUCCGAUGUCGAAGCCAGAGGAGUUUCAGGAAAAUCGGCUUAUGUUUAUGUUUUAUUGUUAUGUCAUUGGACGAGUGUGUAUCAGGAUAAAUUUAGAAAAAAGAAAUUUUUCCUUAAAAUUUGGUCAUGUACUCAAUUAUUUCUUUGCCGCAGGAAUAUCAUGGAGCAUAUGUGCUCUUCCUGGUUGAUGGACUGGUUCUACCUUUACUGCCUCUGCCUGAGCCCCCACCUCAUGCCUGGUCCAUCUCCAGGAGUUCACUGUCCACCACGGCAUCUGUGCACAUGGAAACGACCACCUCGUGACCGAUGUCUUACUUUUACGAUCAACACUGCAUCCUCGUACCCUGCCUGAUCACCAUUCCUUCGCCAAUCCAACCAUGCCAAUCUCAUGUCUGGCUGGAGAGUGGAGAUAAGUGGAGGUUGCACCACCAAUUCCUUGAUGUACCAUGAAUGUUUGGAUUGUUGUAUUCUGAAAUCAUUUAGUUCAACAUAUACAAGGUCUGUUCCUGUUUAUUCUAGCAUAUCUGACUGUAGAUUUGCGAGGCGGCCUUAGAAAAAUUUCCUGCAAAGGCUGCAUCUCGAUUCAUGUUGUUGCCCUUUCUGUUCCCGGGACCAUACUAUGAUUUCUUUGAACAAUCAGUCACUUCUCUUUUCACCUUGUGUUCAACAUGAAGGGUUUGCAUUCAUCUACAUGGAAGACGAACGUGACGCUGAAGAUGCUAUCAGUAGACUUGAUGGAAUUGAUUUUGGCAGAAAAGGAAGGAGAAUCAAAGUUGAGUGGACCAAGGAGGAUCGCACUGCUGAUCGAAGAGGCAACUCAAGGAGGUCUCCAACCAAUGCAAAACCGACCAAAACCUUGUUCGUGAUCAACUUUGACCCGAUCAACACGAGAAUUCGAGAUCUGGAGAGGCACUUUGAUAAAUAUGGCAGGGUCGCGAAUGUAAGGAUCAAAAAGAACUUCGCCUUUAUACAGUUUGAGGCGCAGGAGGAUGCUACUAGAGCAUUGGAGGGUGCUAAUGGGAGCCAUUUCAUGGACAGGGUCAUCUCAGUUGAGUAUGCGCUCCGUGACGACGAUGAAAAAGGUGAAAGGGCGACGAACGGAUACAGCCCAGACAGGAGAGGCCGCGAAAGAUCCCCAGGUGCAAGACGGUCUCCUAGUCCUUACGGCAGAGGUCGGGAGAGAGGUAGCCCAGACUAUGGGAGAGGCAAGGAGAGGGGCAGCCCAGACUACGGCAGGGGAGGCCGCAGCCCUGAUAAUGGCAGGGGAGGCCGCCCAGCCGGCGGUGGCGGCGGCGGCAGAGGUGAUCACGCCAGGGGAGGAGGACGACGACGCAGCCCUGACUAUUAUGACCGCGAGCGCCGAGAAGCUAGUCCUGGCUAUGACAGGCCCCCCAGCUGCUCACCUGGAACUGGGAGGGACGCGAGAGACUAGAAAAGCGCCCCAUGCCUGUGUUGUAGAAUUCAAGCAUCAAAGCCUCCCGCGUCAGAUGAAGUUAGAGUUGGUGAUGUUAGCCAGCAGGAAACUCGUUUACUUAUGUGCGUUAGCUCGUGCUGACUUUGCAAGUUAGCUUACCAUUUCCCAUUUGCGACUCCAGAAUGUAACUCGUAUGGUCUGGAAUGGUAGCUUUCAGGACUCGUUUGAACCUUUCUUGGAGUUUUUUUCUUCUUUUCCGGCUACCUUGAUUGCCCUGUGCAUGCGCUGAUGAAUCUACAGAUUGUUUCGUCUGUCAAGUGUUCCGCUGUAAUGUAAGAGACGAAAUUAUUUGUUCCUUGUUGAUGUAGUCCCUGUUUUGUGCA